AUGGCCGCUUCAAACAGCAGCCUCAUCAAUACUAAUGACCCGAAUCAUGUUUUCGCCUUACUCACCCAAGAGAAUCGUAAUAAUUCUCCCCUCUUCAAGAAAGUCCCUCUAGAGAUUCGCCUCAUCAUCUACGAAUAUGCCGUAGCAAUCGACGAGCCCAUCCGACCAAGGCAGGUGUUUCCUCGCUCGAACAAGUUUGAAUGGGGUAAAACCAGUUACCCGAGAGGGGUCCGUGACCGUGAUAAUGAUGAAGAUGAAGCACAUCUAGUAGUUGUUUCUCUUAGUCGUACUUGUCGCUCUAUCUAUCGAGAGCUAGAAGAUACACCCGUCUUCUAUCGCGUUAACAGUUUUGAAUUCGACCUUGCGCAUAAUUUACACGCAUUCUUGGCGGCUAUUGUCCCUAAACGUCUGGCGAUGAUCCGUACCAUUCGCCUUAUAACUGGGGACUGCCAAAGCCAUUCGUCGGCAGACUGGAGCGGACAGCCUCAGGCCACACCGUACUGGAGCGACCGGACUCGCAAACAAUCCAGAAACACUAUUGGCCACAUCCUAGCACUCUUGAGUCGAUGCUGUGAUCUUAGAGAACUAUUUCUUAUUUUCCAGCAGAACGUCCAUCUCGACUUGCAGCCUAGACUCUCUGGAUGGGAUGCAUUGGCAAAUGGUUCUCAUGAAGCACCAUCUUUUAUCAACCUGCCUUUCUUCGAUGUCUUCAUGCGCCUUUCCCUUCAUGGAGAAGAGCUCCAUCUGGAUAAGGCCCUUGAUCAUGUAGACUUAAAGCAAUCUGUUAAGGCAAAGAGUCACAUUUCUGGCAUCGUUUAUGGUCCUAUUGAAGCUUCAGAGGUCGACUUCACGGGUCGAAACCGUAUCGAACAGGAUAUGCAUCUCAUGUCGGACAGAGUUUCAUCCCGUACCAGAAACAGAGACAAGGUUAUAGACUCUUUUGGAGUUGUACAACGCGAGGUACCGAAGUAUAAUGCAGAAGGGGUGGUAGCAUGGUCUUACCGUAAGAUAACAGGGAUCCGUUGGAACGAUUCGGGAGAGGUAGAACUUGAAUUGUUCUGGGCAUAUCCUACUAGGGUCCCCAAAAGCUCUUGGGAAUCAUUCCAUGCCUUCCCAAAGGACCGUCAGAGUGAGGAAAGUAUCCUCAGCUUCUUCAAGGAUAUGACAGUACGGCGAUAUAUACACGAUCUGGAAGUCCAUACCCAAGCCAUGCGUUCCAUUCCUUCUCCUUCGGACAUCGCCAUGUUCGCUGGCGGGUUGGAUCAGUAUCUUGACAAGGGCACCAUGUUUGCCGAGACCACAACCCAGACAGUCAGAAAGACGAGAAUCCGCGUAUGGAAUUACUGGAUGAAAAGAUGGGACCGGUACAUAGUUGGUCUGGAAAAGAAGCUUGCCAGGGAGAAGAAAGAAGCUGCUAAGGCAGCAUAG